AUGGCUACUACAGCCUUGAAAGUUGAAAUCAUUCACAGAGAAACAUUAAAACCAUCUUCUCCAACUCCAUACAACCUUAAAAAUUUCAAACUCUGUCUCAUCGAUCAGCUUGCUCCAACUAUGUACGUCCCACUGAUUCUCUUCUAUCCCCAUGUUAAUAAUGGAGUCGAUGAAGCAGAGAAAAAAACCCAGCUUCUCAAAAAAACACUCUCAGAAACCCUAACUCUCUUCUACCCUCUAGCAGGAAGAAUCAAAACCCACGACUCCAUCGUCUGCAACGACGAAGGAGUCGAGUUCUUCAAGGCUCAAGCAAACUUUCCACUGUCGAAAAUCCUUGAAAAACCAAACACAUAUUUCCUCAGAAAAUUUCUCGCCGCCGAACCAGAAUCUAUACAGGCAAGGACAGGUGCUCUUCUCCUUGUCCAAGUGACCUUUUUCCAAUGCGGUGGGAUGGCAAUCGGUAUAAGCUCUUCGCAUAAGAUCGGCGACGCGUCGACGCUGAGUGCAUUCCUUAAGAGCUGGACAUCAAUGGCGGUUUUUGGAUCCGAACACGGUUUGGUUCCUGAAUUCAACGCUGCAGAGCUUCUUCCACCUUCUGAUGACUUUCAACCGCUGGAAAAGAUUCCAGGAAAGUGCAGAACGAGCAGGUUCGUUUUCUAUCCCAAAAAGAUUGCUUCUCUUAAAGAGAACUCGUCUAGUGAAUCUGUGAAAAACCCUUCUCGAAUCGAAGCCGUUUCAUCGAUCCUUUGGAAAUCUGUUGCACAAGCAUCGAGAUCGAAUAACGGUUUUAUGAAAACCUGUGUGUUCGCUCAGACAGUCAACAUAAGAGCGAGAACUUCGCCACCAUUGUCGGAAAACUUAGCCGGGAAUUUCUUCGGAAUCAUCCCAGCAAAGUUGGAUGAGAAUGAAAAUGGUGAUGAUCUUAAAGUCUUGGUUGCUAAGCUGAGGAAAGGGAUUGAAGAAGUGAAAGAGUUUUUUGGUAAAAAAGGACUUGAUGUUGAAAGGGUGAAGCAAGCAAUGCUUAAGUGUGGAGAGAUGAUAAGGAAUGAAGAGAUGGUGGACAAUUAUAAUUGCAGUAGUUGGUUUAGGUUUCCUUUGUAUGAGGUGGACUUUGGAUGGGGAAAGCCAAUAUGGGUGAGUAUGAGUGGUAUGACAUUCAAGAAUUUCAUAUUUCUCUUGCCUACGAGAGAUGGAGAUGGAAUUGAAGCUUGGCUGAGUCUUACUGAUGAAGAUAUGGACUUGGUUGAAACCGAUCAGGAGCUGCUUGACUUUGCUUGCCUAGAACCAAGUGUGGUUUAA